AUGUUUGAAAGAGAGGCUAGAGAUGAUAGAAUAUCAGAAUUGCCUGUGCAUAUCAUUCAUCACAGCUUAUGCUACUGCACUAAACUCAACUUGAAAGAGGCGGCGAGAAGUUGUAUCUUGUCCAAGAGAUGGUACUAUUGUUGGAUUUCAAGACCUCAUCUGAUAUUCGAUCAAUUUGAAGGGAACAAAUAUAUGCCCCCAGAAAAGUAUGUCAAGUUGGUUGAUCAAUCCCUGCGAUCCCAUGUCGAACAAAACUUACGUCUUGAACUAUUAAUCCUUGGAUAUCGUGAUGAAGAAUUGGAUUCUCACUUAGAUACUUGGAUUGAAUUGGCGGUUAAACUUAACGUCACACUAUUGGGGAUUUCCCUUCCCCUUUUGAUAUCGUUACCUGAUGCUAUUUAUGCUGCUAAAAAGUUGACGGUAUUGUGGUUAUGCAGGUGCAAGUUUGAAUUUGAUAUUAGCACUACUUGCAUAAGAUUUUGUUGUCUUCGGGAUCUUUCUUUGUAUGAUGUCCAUAUUUCAGAUGACCAAUUGCAAAGACUUAUCGAAAGAUCCCCGUAUAUCAGGAAUCUAAUGCUACAGAAUUGCCAGGGUAUAAGCAAAUUACAUGUUUUUGGCCUAGUCUAUCUCGAGGAUUUGGCUGCACAAUAUAGCAAAUUCGAUAGUGUGAUAGUCCAAGCCCCAAAUCUUCGAUGCUUUACAUAUGCAGAACAUGAGGACAAUUUUCUUCCUCGUGAAAUUGCUAUUUUGGAUGGUUACAAUACUUUACAAACACUCAAGCUCACUGGUGCCAACAUCACGGACCAACAGUUUCGAGAUUUAUCCUAUAAGUUCCCAAACAUUUCAGAAUUGAAUCUCACAGAAUGUUAUAAGCUGAAAAAUAUAGAGAUUCAGAGUGAAAAACUAAAGAUAUUCACCUUAUUAAAGUUGAAGAGUCUGGAAAAAGUCACGGUUCAAGCUCCAAAUUUAUUGGAAUUUGAUUUUGUGGGUGAUAAAAUGCCCUUCUCAUUUAUGGAUCCUUCUUCCCUGGAAAGAGCCCAACUCGUUUUCUCCUCGCUGAGCACAAACUUGUUGGGUUUAGCAAGAAUGUUGGUUAACUAA